AUGGACAGGUUGCACUCCUCCAUGCGUAAAAGGCUCUACAGUUUGCCACAGCAUAUUGGCCAGAAAGCGUCAAUCAUGGGCGAAGGGGAAGACGGCGACAAGGACACCCGGAGAAAGAGUAUAAGGAUGAAACCUUUACCAUCGCCGACCUCCGGAGGAAGCUGCAAAGGCAUCGGGGAGACCAAAAGUGGGGACUCGGUGAUCAUGGAGACGGACAUUGGGAGACCGAUAAAGACCAGCUCAAACGGAGAUUGUAGGAGAUUUCGAGGCAGCCUCUCCUCCAUCACCAGUCGGCAUGUGCACGACCCAGACUCGGCGGAAGAGAGGCGUCUCAUCACCGAGGGAGAUGUCACCCCUAGCGAGGAGAGCCCCCCUGGAGCUAUUGGCGGCGGGGCGGACCAAGGUGCGCAAGGCACCAGCGUUGGCGGUGCCCAGCAUGGUUCCUCCGAUCAGCAAUCAGGAUUCAUAAAGUUGGAUGGCAUUGACCAAAUUCUGCCGGACGACGAGAGAUUGUACCAGGCUGGAUUCAUACAUAGGCAGCUUGGGGCAAUGCUGCAGCCGGGGGUCAACAAGUUCUCCCUUAGGAUGUUUGGGAGUGAAAAGGCGGUGGAACGGGAGCAAGAGCGGGUUAAAUCCGCUGGAUUUUGGAUAAUUCACCCUUACAGUGAUUUCAGGUUCUACUGGGACCUGACCAUGCUGCUGCUGAUGGUGGGGAACCUGAUCAUCAUCCCCGUGGGCAUCACCUUCUUCAAGGACGAGCACACGCCUCCCUGGAUCGUCUUCAACGUGGUCUCCGACACCUUCUUCCUCAUGGACCUGGUCCUCAACUUCCGCACGGGCAUCGUCAAGGAGGACAACACGGAGAUCAUCCUGGACCCGCAGCAGAUCAAGAUCAAGUACCUGAGGAGCUGGUUCGUGGUGGACUUCAUCUCCUCCAUCCCCGUCGACUACAUCUUCCUCAUCGUGGAGACGCGCAUCGACUCGGACUUCUACAAGACGGCGAGGGCGCUGCGGAUCGUCCGCUUCACCAAGAUCCUCAGCCUGCUGCGGCUGCUCCGCCUCUCCAGGCUCAUACGCUACAUCCACCAAUGGGAGGAGGUACAGCCACAUCCGGUUCAUUUAAGUGUGUGCAUGCAUUAACAUAAUGUGUUAGUACUGAUGAUUGGUCAUCAGUUCAUUACGAUUGUGUCAACCCUGUCCCCAUAGGCUUAUGUGUGCUC